GAGAGUUUUAGCACAGACUGCUUUUUAUCUUCAAAAAGCAUAAGAGGCGCUUCACUAGAAGCCGUUUCCUAAAAUGGAGCUGAAGUGGGCGCUUCUUUUUGGUCAGGAUGGAUUAUUACAGUCUGUUUGCCCGAAUGUGCCCACGUGAGAAGAAAUCUGAGCACACAACCAGUACCAGUCCGACCAGCAGCAGUCGGAAACCUCUUCGGAGCGACGGCAGCUCGGCAGAGUCUCAGAUGUAAAGCAGAUCUUAAACUCUUCAACACUAUCCACACUGUCCUUUCCGUGUCAAAUGAAGACUUUUCACAAGCUUUAAUUCAACAUUUACAUAUGCAUCAUCUAUCACUGGAGACGGAGAUAUAGGCUUGACUUUGGACCCAAGAGAGCUGCUUCUGUUUGACCUUUUUUUAAUUACGCCAAAGGAAACAUUUAUAUUUUGUUGAGAUUAGUUUGACUGUCAAUUAAUUAUUUUUAACCAUGUCAAAACAUCCUAAUUUUCAGCUCAGGAGUAUUUCUGUGUAUUUUCACGCGCUUAGCCUUCGUUAUACAGGAAUGACUGUAACAACCAAAAGUGACAUGUCUGUUCACGUUAUAUUGCGUUACAUUGGUGAAGAUUAUUUUAUAUGCAAUUUUUGGGCGUAUAUGCAUUAAGAAUCAUCAUGCCAUUCAAGCAAAUCUGGCUCAAAAUUGUAUUUAUUAAUGAACUGUGUGCGUGUUCUCUUUGUGCAUAUCGUCACUGUAUUAGAUGAGGAAACUGUUAAGAGCAGGAAGUGCUGGAAAGUGGACAUGUUGAGUCACACGGAGCAGGAGCAGACACAUGAAGAGGAAACUCAAUGGAAAAUAAACAUUUCACAACAAAUGCAAAUGAGACGGACAGAGCGCCUCUGAAUAAGCUCUGAGGAGUGAUUGGAAUACAAAUCUAAUUUGGGUUGGUUUCCUAAUAAUGGAAAUAUCUCUCUGAAAGGACAAAAGGCUCUUUGGCGUGUUGUGCCUCCCUCAUCAGACAGGACAGAGUACUGCUAGAACAUCAAGAGAACUAAAGAAAUAGUCCAAUAACACUCAAAACUGGUUUCCAUUACUCUAUAGACUGACUGCUUUACUGCACAUCUCACAAUAAAUGAUUGAAAACUAAGAAUCUCUGGAAUUAAAAAUAGCCGUACUGGACUUAGAACAUGUUUAUACAGUCCUUCAAUGUUCUUGAAAGAUAGGGCUUCAUUGCAGCGUCGAAGAGGGUGUGAAUAUAUUUCAGUAAUAUUGCCUAAUCAAAAAGCUGGAAACUAUUCAGUCAAUGAGACUGUUUCCCAGAUUGAAGUCGUUGCGUGGUGUCUCGUAGUUUCUCUGAAGCUCGAGUUCUGACAGGACCCCAGAACAAGCCAGUCCGGACACGCAGAACCAGGAGAACCUGCAGACGCGUCUCUGACAGCCGCGUCCUCCAAUCGGAGCGCCACGCGUCAGCGCGUCCUCCAAUCGGAGCGGAGCGGAGGCGGGGCUUCCAGGCCGAGGAGUGAGAGUCGGCGAGAAUCAAUAAAUCGCGUCGCGUUCCUCGGCGAGCUCUCGUCAGGUCUGUGAAGGGCCAGCUUUCAGCGUUUCUCUGGGAUUAUUCUGUUAUCAAAGGAUUGAACGGGCUCCUCGAGAGACGCGCAGGAUGAGAGCUGGAGACGGGUUUGCUGCGCCGGUGGCGGUCAUCUCCGCGGGGUUACUGAGCGUCCUGGGCCUCCCGUGGUUCUGGACUCUGUCGGCUCUUCUAGGAGUGUAUCUAUGCUCUGGAGGAUGGAGGUUUCUCUAUGUGGCGGCUUACACCUUCAAGAGAGACCUUGUAGGUCUGCAGGUGCUGCUGCGGGUCAAGUUCUCCAUGCGCCGCUUCAUCCGCUCACGCAGCACCGUGCCGUCUAUAUUCGCCCAGCGGGUGGCGCUGCACCCGGACAAGGCGGCGCUGGUGGAGGAGUCGACGGGCGAGGUGUGGAGCUUCUCGGAGCUGGACCGGCGCUCGAACGCCGUGGCGCAGUGGGCCUCGGCGCAGGGCUGGAGCUCAGGAGACGUGGUGGCCGUCUUCAUGGAGAGCCGGCCGCUCAUGGUGGCGCUGUGGCUGGGACUCGCCAAAGUGGGCGUGGAGCCGGCGCUCAUCAACUUCAACCUGCGACGCCAUUCGCUGAUGCACUGCGUGGGCGUGUCCGGAGCGAGGGGGAUGGUGUUCGGGGCGGAGCUUCUGGACGCGGUGCUGGAGGUGAAGGAGUCUCUUGGAUCUCUCUCUCUCUUCUGCACCGGCUCAGCUCCGUCCGAGUCUUUGGGUUCUCUGUCGGCUCUGGAUCUGGACGAUCUUCUGUCUUCGUCUCCUGACACGCCGCCCGCCGUCACACACAACAAGGGCUUCAACGACAGGUUAUUUUACAUCUACACCUCAGGAACAACAGGGUUACCUAAAGCUGCCAUCAUAGUUCACAGCAGGUACUAUCGCAUCGCUGCGUUUGGAUAUUACUCCUUCGGUCUGCGGCCGGAUGACGUUGUCUACUGCUGUCUGCCUCUGUAUCACUCCGCAGGUAACAUUGUGGGCGUGGGUCAGUGUCUGCUGCACGGUCUGACCGUGGUCAUCCGCAGGAAGUUCUCCGCCAGCCGAUUCUGGGACGACUGCAUCAAGUACAACUGCACGGUGGUGCAGUACAUCGGGGAGAUCUGUCGUUAUCUGUUAUCUCAGCCGGGCCGCCCGUCCGAGUCUCGUCACCAGGUGCGUGUUGCUAUGGGCAACGGUCUGCGGCCCAACGUCUGGGAAGCGUUUAUGAAGCGUUUUAACAUCAGUCGCAUCGGCGAGUUUUACGGCGCCACCGAGUGCAACUGCAGCCUCGCCAACAUGGACAACAAGGUGGGGUCGUGCGGCUUCAACAGCGUGAUCCUGCCCAGCGUUUAUCCCAUCAGACUGCUGAGAGCAGACGAGGACACCAUGGAGUUAGUACGGGACAGUCGAGGGGGCUGUGUUCCGUGCUCUUCAGGGGAACCAGGGAUCAUCGUUGGCCGAAUCAAUCCUCAGGAUCCAUUGCGUCGUUUUGAUGGCUACGCCAAUCAAGAGGCCACCAGCAAAAAGAUCGCUCACAAUGUUUUCAAAAAGGGCGACUCGGCGUAUGUGUCGGGUGAUCUGAUGGUGAUGGACGAGUUCGGUUACGUGUAUUUCCGGGACCGAGGCGGAGACACGUUCCGCUGGCGAGGAGAGAACGUCUCCACCACCGAGGUGGAAGGAAUCCUGAGCGCUCUGCUGAAUCAGACGGACGUGGCCGUCUACGGUGCCUCAGUGCCAGGUGAGGAGAUACUUUAACCCCUCCUCAAGUGUGGAGGGAAGGCAGGAAUGGCCGCUAUAGCGGACGUCACGAAUGACUUCAACUGUGAGACGUUUCUCAGAGACGUGCAGAAUGCUCUUCCUUCGUACGCUCGCCCCGUCUUCCUACGACUUUCACCGGAGGUCGACAAAACAGGCACAUUUAAAAUCCAGAAGACUCGCUUACAGAAAGAGGGGUUCGACCCACGGCUGACCAGCGACCGGCUCUUCUUUCUCAACAGCCGAUCGGGGCGAUACGAGAGUCUGACCGAGGAGCUCCACAGCGCCAUCAUGCAGGGAAAAGUGUCGUUAUAAGAAGUCUAUUUUCUAUAAGAAGCUAUAAGUCGUCUUACUGUGUACAUUUCAUAGUUAAUAUUGAAUAAUCUGUACAUUGUUUAUUUGACCAAAUCAGCUAGAUAACUGGACUACGAUCAAGUACUUCCUGGAGGUAGUGCUCCACACCACUAGUUGUGCCCUUCACAUUGUUUGAUAGUAGAAAAUGUACCAUAUUCAGUUACAGCACAUCAGCAAAUUCAUUUUAUUUUUACAAGCCUUGGAUAGGUUAGAGAUGUUUGAUUGGAAAUACUGGACUUACAUUUUCUGAUUUUUAAUUGAACUAAACACAAAGGUGCUUUGGCGAGGUAAAUACACUACUGUAAAGGAUGAGUCAGGGAAUCAGUGUCAGCCAGAAGAGGUUCUUCACAUUCUGCUGCGGUUAGAUUUCUCCAGGUAUUACUGACUUACGGCACCUUUAAUGCGUUUAACACUGUGAUGCUGAGACGUCUCUGCGAUUUCAGCCUUUUAAUAUACACAUAUAUUCACUUCUGACCGGUAACAGUAAUGGUAUUACAGAUAUCCAAAACAUUUAAUUGUAAAAUGUACAAUUUCAACGUUAAAAGCAACAGCUUUGCUUUGAUAAACUAGUGUUUAUUGAUGGAAAAUGUUUUGACGUGUGAUUUUAACCAUUAGCAAACCAGACUGCUUAUCCUUUUCAGAUGUUUUGGCUAUUUUACCUUGAAUUGCGAAACAAUUUUAAUAAAUUUAACUCAACAAUUUUA